GCGCGUCGAGCUCGGCCGCCCCGAGGCUCCUGAUUGGCUCCGUGCCGCGCGCUUGGCGUUCAGGCGCCUGCGCGGGUUGCUGGGCUGGCGGUGGCGAUGUCCAGCCGGUCUAAGCGAGAGUCGCGGGGCUCGGCCCGCGGGAAGCGCGAGUCCGAGGCGCGGAGCAGCUCGGGUCGCUCAAAACGGGAGCGCGAGCGGGAGCCUGAGGCGACCGGCUCCCGGGGCAGCCCGGUGCGCGUMAAGCGCGAGGUCGAGCCGGCAAGCGCGCGCGAGGCCCCGGCGCCCACCGUCCCGGCGCCGCGGGUGAAGCGGGAGCGUGAAGCCGACGAGGACUCGGAGCCCGAGCGGGAGGUGCGAGCAAAGAAUGGUCGCGUGGAUUCUGAGGAUCGKAGGAGCCGCCACUGCCCAUAUCUGGAUACCAUUAAUAGGAGUGUGUUGGACUUUGACUUUGAGAAACUGUGCUCUAUCUCCCUUUCACAUAUCAAUGCAUAUGCCUGUCUGGUGUGUGGCAAGUACUUUCAAGGCCGAGGUUUGAAGUCUCAUGCCUACAUCCACAGCGUCCAGUUUAGCCACCAUGUCUUCCUCAACCUCCACACCCUCAAGUUUUACUGCCUUCCAGACAACUAUGAGAUCAUCGACUCCUCCCUGGAGGAUAUCACGUAUGUGUUGAAGCCCACUUUUACAAAGCAGCAAAUUGCAAACUUGGACAAGCAAGCCAAAUUGUCCCGGGCGUAUGAUGGUACCACUUAUCUGCCGGGUAUUGUGGGACUGAAUAACAUAAAGGCCAACGACUAUGCCAAUGCCGUCCUUCAGGCUCUGUCUAAUGUUCCUCCUCUCCGGAACUACUUCCUAGAAGAAGAUAAUUACAAGAACAUCAAGCGUCCUCCAGGGGACAUCAUGUUCUUGUUGGUCCAGCGUUUUGGAGAGCUGAUGAGAAAGCUCUGGAACCCUCGAAAUUUCAAGGCUCAUGUCUCUCCCCACGAGAUGCUCCAGGCUGUGGUCCUCUGCAGCAGGAAGACCUUUCAGAUCACCAAACAAGGAGACGGAGUCGACUUUCUGUCCUGGUUUCUGAAUGCUCUGCACUCGGCCCUGGGGGGCACAAAGAAGAAAAAGAAGACAAUUGUGACGGAUGUUUUCCAGGGGUCCAUGCGGAUCUUCACUAAGAAGCUUCCCCAUCCUGAUCUGCCAGCAGAAGAAAAAGAGCAGCUGUUGCAUAAUGAUGAGUACCAGGAGACGAUGGUGGAGUCUACGUUCAUGUACUUGACGCUGGACCUUCCUACUGCCCCGCUCUACAAGGACGAAAAGGAACAGCUCAUUAUCCCCCAGGUGCCGCUCUUCAACAUCCUGGCCAAGUUCAAUGGCAUCACUGAGAAGGAAUAUAAGACUUACAARGAGAACUUCCUGAAGCGCUUCCAGCUCACCAAGCUGCCUCCCUACCUGAUCUUCUGUAUCAAGAGGUUCACUAAGAACAACUUCUUUGUGGAGAAGAACCCCACCAUUGUCAACUUCCCUAUCACGAAUGUGGAUCUGAGAGAAUAUUUGUCUGAAGAGGUCCAGGCAGUGCACAAGAACACCACCUACGACCUCAUCGCCAACAUUGUGCACGAYGGCAAGCCCUCUGAGGGCUCCUACCGCAUCCAUGUGCUGCACCAUGGCACUGGCAAGUGGUACGAACUGCAGGACCUGCAGGUGACGGACAUCCUGCCCCAGAUGAUCACACUGUCGGAGGCCUACAUUCAGAUAUGGAAGAGGCGGGAUGCCGGGGAGACCAACCAGCAGGGGGCAUGAGGCCGGCCAGCUUCCCCCUGAGGACAGCCCAGUGAACAGGACCAGAAGUGGAGCCGAGCAGAGGCAGGCUGCAGGUGCCGUGGGUCCURGCUACGCCAYGCAUUGAGGGGCCCUCCACCAGUCCUAUAGAAAGCGCUCCUCCCUCCUUCCUGCCGUCCUCUCAACUGCAGCAGGCUGAGUGCUUUGCAGGUGGCUGUCCUUUCUCUUUAACAGCUGGUGCACUGAAGGGUGGAUGAUUCCUCGUAGACGUCAAGCCUCAGGGUUGUGGGAGUCAUAUCAUGAAGCCAGUCACGCCUUCUCCUCCAGGGAGGUGGUUCUCUGUGGUUCCCUUAGGUCCUAUGGGUUUUUGGAUGGAUUAAAUUCUCUGUUUUUAA